UCACAACCACACUCACAUUCACUUUCACCCUCUCCAUCUUAAUAAUUCACAAUUCCACCACUUGAUCACAAUUCACAGCACAUACAUCCCCAAACCCCAAACCAGAAAGGUUGGUUGGUGUAUUUCAGUAUUUAGGAUCUUCUUCAUCACCAUGACAACCUCCAUACACGAUCCUUCUCUUUCUCUUCUUCAUUUUCCAUGAAGCUUUUCUCUCUCUCUCACUUUCCUACAUCCCUGCUUAGACCUCUCAACACUACUCUGAUUGAUCACUUUCUCUUGUUGCUUACCCACUUCCUACCCGAUCCAAAUCUCUAAUCUUUCUCCCCCCAUUUACUCACUUUCCCCUUUAGCUCUACAAUUUUCAACCUUUUCCCAAAAUCCCCUUUGUCUGCUUUCUGGUUAAAGUUGCUGUUUUGAUUUCUGGGUGUUGGAGUGAAGAAACAAAGAUGGGUGAGGGAGAGCGAUUUCAACUUGGGACUGUCGGCGCGUUGACUCUUUCUGUGGUGUCAUCGGUGUCGAUUGUGAUUUGCAAUAAGGCACUGAUGAGCUCACUGCAUUUCAUUUUCGCUACAACUUUGACAAGUUGGCAUCUGCUUGUCACAUUCUGUUCACUUCAUGUGGCACUCAGAAUGCGAUUCUUUGAGCAUAAACCUUUCGAGCAGAAAGCCGUAAUGGGAUUUGGGAUUUUAAAUGGAAUCUCAAUUGGACUCCUAAACUUGAGUUUAGGAUUCAAUUCUGUUGGUUUUUAUCAGAUGACCAAACUGGCAAUCAUUCCAUGUACUGUAAUGUUGGAGACCAUUUUUCUUGGGAAGAGAUUCAGUAAAAGAAUUCAGUUUGCCCUAGCUAUCCUCCUUCUGGGUGUUGGGAUUGCAACUGUCACAGAUUUGCAGCUCAAUGCUAUGGGCUCUUUUUUGUCGUUGCUAGCAGUGAUUACAACAUGUGUUGCUCAGAUUAUGACAAACACUAUUCAGAAGAAGUUCAAGGUUUCUUCCACCCAACUUCUGUAUCAAUCAUGUCCAUACCAAGCAGCAACUCUGUUAGUCUCUGGUCCAUUUUUGGAUAAAUUUUUGACCAACCAAAAUGUUUUUGCUUUCAACUAUACAACACAAGUGACGGUCUUCAUUGUUCUGUCAUGCCUCAUCUCCAUCUCGGUCAAUUUUAGUACAUUUCUUGUUAUCGGAAAGACAUCUCCGGUCACCUAUCAGGUACUUGGACACCUGAAGACUUGCCUUGUAUUGGCAUUUGGUUAUAUUUUACUCCAUGACCCAUUCAGCUGGAGGAACAUACUCGGUAUUCUGAUCGCCAUGGUUGGAAUGAUUCUAUACUCUUAUUAUUGCACUCUUGAGAAUCAACAAAAAGCUGUGGAAACUUCAGUACAAACCUCCCAGGCAAGAGAAGCUGAAUCUGAUCCUCUUAUUAAUGUGGAGAAUGGAAGUUCAGUUGUGAGUGAUUCAGUUGUGCAAAUGUCCCCUCUAUGGAGCAAAGACAAAGACUAAUAUGGUUAUGUUUUUUGUUAAAUCUGAUCCAUGGUCAAGAACGGAUAUAAACCUUAUAGAGGGUUAAUACCCAUAAUUUAUAUGGAGUUAGGAAAUUCUGCAACACACAAAGGCUCGUAGUUUUUAUUUUUUUACUUUUUUUGGUUUUUUCUUAGUAGCAUCAUUAGUUUUUGACAUUUUAUGAAUGGUGGUCUGAACCAGCAAUAGUAGUGAGGAGAAGAACAAACAAGUACAAGCUCAUGAUCAUGUCGCAAUCCUAUUGAGCCAACCAAUGGUAGCAGACAUUUCCUGAUUCAUGAUGUUCUUUUAUAUUGUGUUACAUUUAUAAUUUUAUAUAGAUAUUCAAUUUUUCUU